CAAAUCAUGUGCCAUAAGAAUCGCACACUGGCGAACAUAGCUGGAUUUGCGAAUUUUCGCAGAUAUUUUCGCGUUUUGGGCCCAGUGGGCUGGUGAUUUCGCGCGGCGACGGGCGGUGAGACACAAACACGUUUAGUUUUUUGGCGAAACAAGCAAGAAAUCGAGAUUUCCUCUGUUUUUUUUUUCUCCUUUUUCUCAGAAUUUUUAUCUCCAACUCUUGCUCUCACUCCUUUCUUUUCAGCUCAGAUAUAUAGAAUCACUCUCAUCGAAAAGACUAAUCCACUCACCUUUCGAGAUGUAUUCCAUCGUCAACGAAAACAGAAACAACAUCUAUGGAUUGUCCAAUGCUAAUCAGCUACACCAGGGAGAUUCUGCUGGUACCCAAGUAAACUCAAACAUCAAUUCCAAUUCCAAUUCCAAUCCCAAUUCCAAUUCCAAUCCAAGUCCCAGCUCAAGUUCCAAUUCCAAUUCAGGCUCUAAUUCAUUUCAUCACCAAAAUCAAAAUCUAUCUCAUGCCCUCACUCAUGGUCACAAUUUAAAUACUAGUUUAGGUAAUAACUCAAAUAGCAGUAGCCAUGGCCCUCAUAGCUUGCUCAACGUCAACCAUGGUCUUCACAACCAUAGUCGUAAUCUAAACAGCAUCACAGGCAACAGUAAUAGUUUAAAUGUUCAAAAUCACAUUAGUAGUUCACAGUCUUUAAUCCACCAACAAGUUACUCAGUUAAAUAGUAAUAAUCCUAAUAAUAACUCGAAUAGUAAUAAUGCUAACAAAAACAAUAGUAAUAACCAUAAUCAUAAUCAUAACCAUAACCAUAACCAUAACAACGAUAGCAAAAACGAUUUAAAUGCAAUGGACAACAUAUCUGAUUCGUUGAAUGAUAAUGUUUCGGAAACCAAUAUUAAUAGUAUGAGUAAUAUUAAUAUGAAUUCCAACAAUUCCAACAACUUGAACAAUCCAAAUUCGAACAAUCCAAAUGGUUUAAACAAUUUGAAUUCGAAUGCAAAUUCUUCAAAUAACUCAAAUGAUGGGAGUAAUGAAUUAGCCAGCGGUAGUGUCUCGAAAUUAAUUAAAACUCCUUAUACCCAUGAACAUGUAAUCGCUUUAAUUGAUAUCUUUAGUGAUUUGACUCAUCAUGGAACAUCCUAUGUUAGAUCGUCGGGGAUUUAUACUUUGAUUGAGAAAAAGAUGAAUUCUCGAUUUAAUGAUAAAUCCUUUUACGGAGAAUCUAUUCGUAAGAAAUUACUAGAUGUUAGAAAAGAAUAUGAUAUCUUUAAAUUGAUUAUGUUUAAUUCAUCACCAAACAUUUCAGGAAUAAACUGGAAACAAAAUGAGGGAAGGUUUAAUUUAUCGCCUGAGCAAAUAACAGAAUUAAUCCAGCAAAUUUCGCUAAGCAAUAAUAAUGAUUUGAAAAAAAAGAUUAGUUGUGUUAAGAAAUUUAGUAAAAAAGGUAAUUUUUACAUGUAUCAUUACCACCUUCGGAUUGGGGUGUUUGACAGUGCUCAAACAUUGUUAACACAGCUUCAGACUGAAGCAGCAACUGUUGCUGCUGCCGCUGCUUCCACCAACCAUAAUGUCAACUCCUCAAUUCCCGAGAAUAAUUCUUCUAUAAACGAUUAUAUUAACAAUGCGACUUCUCAAGUAUUGCAAUCGACAUUGCUUUUGAAUGGAAAUACGAGUUCGAGUAGUAUUUCUAGUGGUAAUAUGAAUGGGAUUAAUAAUCUUAAUAAUCUUAAUACUCUUAACAAUCUUAAUAAUCUCAGUAAUCUUAAUAAUCUUGGUAAUCUUAACAACCUUAAUAAUCUUAACAACCUUAAUAAUCUUAAUCUUAGCAAUUUUGGUGCCAAUAUGAAUGACAAUUUAAGUAAUGGUAUGAAUAAUUUAAAUAAUUUAAAUAAUUUAAGCCAUUCCACUAAUUCCACUAAUAUUAACUCUAAAUUAAAUAAUAAUCAUACUAAUAAUAACAACAAUAAUAGUAAUAAUAAUAAUAGUAAUGGUAAUCAUUACAAUGGUUUAAAACAUAAAGCAGGAAAAAUGGAUAAUUCGUAUAAAUCAUCACUUACUAAAUUUUCUAUAAAGAAUAAAUUUCCUUAUUUGGUUCCAAAUCAAUCGGAAAUUAAAAACCAAAGCCAAAUUUCUAACCAUGAACAUGGAAAUGGAAAUAGCCAAAACCUAAAUCAAAAUUCAUUCAGUUUCAGUAAAAAUGCCAAGUCGUUGAAUAAUAAUAGUAGUAACGAGAAUGAAAAUUUGAACGGUCUUUCGGCUUUUAAUAUUCAAAAUCAAUUGACGAGCUCCUUAAGCAACUUUUCGUCUUUAAAUAAUUUAUCGUUGCUAAAACAGUUUAAACAAGAGAACAAAGCAUUGUCAAAGUUUUUAGUGAGAUUGAGGUCUGAAAAGCUCAUUAAUAAAAAAGGAUGGAAAAAACUAAUCAAUUUAGUCGAAGAAAACAAAAUCUUGAGAGAAACAUUAUUAGACGAAGAUUUCACUUUGGAAGAAAAAAAACUAGCAGCGUUGGAUUCUUUGGAUGAUGACGACAUAAUUAGUAGUGACGAUCACAAGCAGAAUAAUGGCGAGAAGGAAAGUAUAAAGGACAAUAGUAAAAACAUCGAAAAUGAAAAGAGUAUUAAUAAUAACAAUGACAAUAAUGAUGGUAAUGGUGACGGUAAUGAUAUCGAUAUCGAUAUGAGCAAUAACAAUAUUUCGUCUAAUAAUCUCAACGAAAAUUCCAGUUUGGGCGCAAUGGAUAAUGGCAGGGAAGGCAAUAUCGACAAUAGCAUCAACAAAGAAAUCAAUGAGAUUGAUAAUGAGAUCGAUAAUGAGAUCAGCAAUAAGAUUAACGACGAGAUUAACGACGAGAUUAACCGCGAUAUCGCCCAGGAGAUAAAUGUGAUCAGUGAACUUAGUGAAGAGAACGAGGAAGAUAGUGUAAACAACAUGAACAUUGAUAUGGAGUUGGACAAAAGCAAUGGAAACGCUGAUGGCGACGGCAAUAUCAGCACCGAGCUCACCAACACCCAGGUUAGCACCAACUUGGGAGAAAACGCAGGCUCAUUUGAUACUGACAACAGCAAUAUCGACACCGAGUUGACAGGCAAGUCGAGUGGUUGCAAAUAAGGGCUGUUGAAGCGUAUAUUACUCGCUAGGUAGAAUUAUCUCAUGAUAGAUUUUGGACCUGCAGCUUUUCCUGUUUGAGUUUGGCAUCGGCGUCUGCGGUUGCCGAGUCUGAUUGGCUGCCGAAA